AGCUGGCAGUUGGCGGGGUGUAGCGUACCUGGGCAGAGGUCUGGCAACCAUGGGGCGAGACGCGCGGGGCCGGGCGCCGCGGGACCACGCCAUGGCCUACGACGACGUGCUGCCCUACCUGGGGGACUUCGGCCGCUACCAGAAGCGCGUGUACCUGCUGCUGUGCCUGCCGGCCAUCUCGUGCGCCUUGCACAAGCUGGCGGGCGUCUUCCUGCAGGCCAAGGUGGACCACAGGUGCCGACUGCCGCACGAGGCGCACAACGCGAGCUACGCGCUCCCGGCGGCCCAGCUCAACAUGUCGUACCCGUGGGACGCGCGCGCGGGCAACUGGUCCAGCUGCCGGAGGCUGGACGCUGACUUCAGCGCGCGCUACUACGAGGAGGGGGUGCCUUCCGCCGCCCCCUCGCUGCCCUGCGACGCCUGGGUGUACGACCGCUCCAAGUACAGCAGCAGCGCCGUCACCGAGUUCAACAUGGUGUGCAACGAUGCGUGGCUCAGAGCUCUAGCUGAUUCCUUGUUCAUGGUGGGAGUCCUGCUGGGAUCAAUCAUAUUCGGAGCUCUGUCAGAUAGGUACGGUCGCCGGCCCAUCUUCUUCAUCUCGCUGGUGAUGCAGGUCGCCGUGGGACUGCUGGCGGCCGCGGCCCCCGAGUACGUCUCCUUCACGGCGGCCAGGAUAGUGGUCGGCGCCACCACGUCCGGGGUCUUCCUCGUCGCCUACGUCAUCGCCAUGGAGAUGGUGGGCCCGAGCAAGCGGCUGUUCGCCGGCGUGGUGUGCCAGCUGUUCUUCACCACGGGCUUCAUCCUGACCGCGCUGUUCGCCUACUUCAUCGACGACUGGCGCAUGCUGCAGGUGGCGCUGUCUCUGCCCGGCGUCGUCUUCCUCUCCUACUGGUGGUUCAUCCCGGAGUCGGCGCGCUGGCUGCUGGCGCAGGGCCGCGCCGACGAGGCGAAGCAGCUGCUGCUGACGGCGGCGCGGGAGAACAAGGUGACCAUCCCGGAGGAGGUGCUGGACAACCUGCUGCCUCCCGCCCCGGGGGACAAGGACAAGGACGAGGCCGCGGAGCAGCCCAGGCCGUCCCUGCUGGACCUCAUGCGGCACUCCAACCUGCGCAGGAAGGCGCUCAACAUAUUCUUCUGUUGGUUCGUGAACAGCGGCACGUACUACGGGCUGUCGUGGAACACGUCCAACCUGGGCGGCAACGACUACCUCAACUUCUUCAUCUCGGGGGCGGUGGAGGUGCCCGCCUACUCGUUCCUGCUGCUGACCUUGAACCGGUGGGGCCGCAAGUCCAUCCUGUGCGGCUGCAUGCUGGUGGCGGGCGUGGCGCUGCUGCUCACCCUGGCAGUGCCUUCAGACAUGCAGUGGCUGGUGAUAACGCUGGCGAUGGUCGGCAAGCUAGCCAUCACGGCGUCGUAUGGCACGGUGUACGUGUUCUCGGCGGAGCAGUUCCCCACGGUCAUACGGAACGUGGCGCUGGGGGCGAGCUCCACCAGCGCGCGGGUGGGCGGCGUGCUGGCCCCAUACAUCAACCUGCUGGCUGACUACUGGCAGCCGCUCCCGCUCCUGAUAUUCGGCUCUCUGGCGCUGGCGGCCGGCCUGCUGUCGUUGCUGCUGCCGGAGACGAUGAACAAGAAGCUGCCGGACACCAUCCAGGAAGGGGAGCAGUUCGGGAAAGCUGUUGCAGAUGAUGACACGUGUACCGAUGAAAACAUGACUGACAUUGAUAAAAACACAGUGCGGGUGGAAAAUGGUGUCUGAUUGCCUACUUCAGAUUGCUAGAACAUGCAUUUAUUAUAAUACGUGGCUUCUGCUACAGCUCUUCACGAUUGUUGUUUCAAAAUGGAAACUCCAAGAGAAACAGCAAGUUUUAAAGAGCGGUGUGUUUAUUUUUUUACUGCUUUCAUUUUGUCUCGAAACAUGAAGCAAAAGUAUUGUCAUAAUUGUGCAGUUUUGCCUGAUAAUGGAUAGCAGCUGUGGAUAUGUUGCACUUGAGUACUACGUAUUCUAGAUUUGCAGUAUCGUAUGUACGAUCCUCCAAUCUUUGUAUCAGUUGUUACUUGGUUCUAUGGGUUUGUUACAGCAAUGUUUGCUUGGACUUGAGACAUCGUAUUGUGAUUGAUUUGUUCAAUAAACUUGCCAAAAAAUUGUACUAUGUCACCUAUACAUAUAAUUUAAUUAUUUAAUGGAAUAGUUUCUGUACAGUUUAAAUUAAAUGCUCAUUAGUUAUGAAUAUGUAAGAACACACUUGGGUGACCUUAGUUAAAACUAUUCAGUAUAUAUUCACGGAAUUAAAUUAUCUCUUGUCUCCUUUUUUUAUAUAAAGAAAUUUAGAAUGUUUUUAAAUAAAUUUGAGUGUUUACAAGAAGAAAAUUGACUUUAAAAUAUUUGCUAGUUAUUUCACAAAAAUAUUAUUAUUAUUAUUAAUAAUUUUCAAUUGCUAAUUAGAGAAUUUUUUUUGUAAAUGUUACAUUCAUUAUUGCCAAUGAUAUUACAGUGUGUGCCAUUUAAAUGAAAUAAAUUUUUGAAACUAAUUCGGUAUUACUUUUAUUAAAAUACUCUAGUUUUGUGUUGUCGUGUUAAUUCAGUUUGUUACAAUAGUCCUUGUUCAAUGAUAAUGAAGCACAAUAUUACAGCCAUAAUGUGACAUUGUAGCAGAACGUUUGAUUUGGAACAGCCUUUUGAUCACUGUGAGUUUUAAAUAAGCACAGGCAUAAUGUAUUCAUACUUAAAAUAUAUUUUUAUACAGUUAUUUUUCAAAAUGAACUAUGUAAAUCAAAAGGCUUUAAAUUUUACUGAUAUUUUGAACUGAAAUUAUUGGAACUAUAAAUCUGUACUGUAUUUUGUUCAUGUGAGUAUAUGAUGAUAAUGGAUACCACUAAUUAACUUAGAAUUUUUUUAUUUCUAAUAAUGUGACAAAUAUUUUGUAGUAAAUAAAUUACAGUUAUAGUAGCCGUGGUGAUUUAUUAUUGAUGUAAAUAUACGUCAUCUUUAUCAGAAUAGAUAAUUGUAUUGGGCUGAUAAGAGAAAAAGAAGUAUCUUUGAAGAUUAGCGAUUUAUAAAACAUUUGGGUUGGAAUGUGUUUUCACACUAAGUUCACUAAAAUACUACAUGAAUUAGCUUCAUAAGCAAACAAAAUUUUAGUAAUCAUAUUUAAAAAGUUUUAAUGUUUUUGAAAAUUGUUUUGCUUUUGCCUUUUAUGAGCUUGAAUUACAAUUAUAAAACUACAAAUUAUAAUUUUUUUUACCUACACUCUUGUCAAUUUUGACUCUGCAUGUACAUAUAUCCUUGUACAUAUGACUGUCUAUGUGCCUAAGAAGAAUCUGUCUUUAAGCUCUAUUUGCUUUAACCGUACAUAAGUUAUAGUACUAUACAUUUAUACUUCGCUACAUCACAGUGUAGUAAACUACAUGUAUUUUUACUAUCAUAUAUUCAUAGGUAAAUUCAUAACUUCAUUUAACUUUGUUUCAGAAGACAAAUAUAGAGUUUUUUUUGUGAAUGUUCUGUAAGCAGUUGAAAAAAAAAAAUGUUGGUAUGAAUGUAAUGUAUUGUGAAUGGUUUAUACAUGUGUGUUUCACUAUUUUAUUUACCUGUACUGAGGUGAUUAAUAGUUCAAAAGAAUUAAAAUACUCAUUUGAAUGUGGUU